AUGGCGACCGGUGAAAGGCGAUCAAAUCUCAGGUUGCUCAGGACGUCAUUGAUUCUGGACCAAGGCGACACGCGCACGACUCGCCAUGGAGACUGUCUCAGACUGUGUACUUACAACGCGAGAACAGUGUCCACAGACGCUGACCUGCAUGCCCUUCUCGGAGCUGCAGAGCGUAUCAAAUUUCACGUGAUUGCUCUGCAGGAGACCAAGUGCAGAAGGAGCGACGUACGACAGAUGAAUGACGGUACACUCGUCAUUCGUGGAGAGAAGGUUCCGUCGCGAAAUGUAGGCGGUGUUGGUUUCGUUGUGCACCCAUCUGUCGUCCAUCUCGUCGAUUCUCACGAGAUCCUGCCACCUCGUCUGGCCAUUCUUCGCCUCCGCCCUCUGCGCCAAAAAUCCAUCAGUAUCAUCAACUGCUAUUCACCAACAUCAGCAGCUGAUGAUUCCGAAUUGGACGCGUUUUACGAGGAGCUGGAGGAAGUAGUCCACAACGAGGAGUCCUUCUACAAAUUCGUUGUCGGAGACUUCAACGCAAAACUAGGAAAGGCCACAGAAGAGGAAUACAGGAUUGGAAGAUUUGGACUAGGAGACCGGAAUGAAAAUGGCAAUCGUCUCGCCGGGCUGUUGUUCGCCGCUCGCCUCUUUCAUGGGAACUCUCUUUUCAUGAAAAAAGAUCAUCGUCGGCGGACAUGGGAAUCGCCCAAUGGCGCGACUCAUGCGGAGAUGGACCGCAUACUCACCAACCGGAGGUGGUGUCUACUUGACGUCUCAGUAGUACCAUCCUUUUGUAGUGGUUCUGAUCACCGUCUCCUUCGUGCGAAAAUACGUCUUAGUCACACGAUGGAAAAGAACAUCUGCUAUCGGCAACGAAGGAGAAAAGAAGUCGUCUACGACGAUUGCGUACUCGAGGACUCCUUGUCCCAAGGUGACAGGCACAUCGAGGAAGACCCAAGCGUGGACUACGAGAUGUUGCUCAGAUUACAAGCCUGUGCUGAGCGUGCCUCGAAGCCGCGCAUGACAAACUUGGGUUGA